GACUCUGCAACCAACCAAAGGAAAAGAAGAAAGUUUUAAAGAGACCUUCCAUUUCUCCCUCGUGACAAAACGCAAUUUGCAAGACAAAGCAAGAAGAAGAGAAACUCAAAACUCAGUUUCCGAUUCUCCGAUUCUCAGAGAAAGAUAAAAACUCAAGUUCAAGAAGACGAUUGGAUUUCUGCUAUUAGAGAAACUCGUUUUCUCAUUCUGAGUGUGUUUGAUUCGUUUCUUCCAAGCUUUUUUGUUGUUGUUAAUGAUGUCGAGUUCUAUGGAGUGUUCGGAUUUCGCCGCUGGUCGGAGAUUUUCUGGGAAGCCGAGCUUCUCGCUGACUUGUAGUCGAUUGAGUCAGUAUCUGAAAGAGAACGGUAGCUUUGGAGAUCUGAGUUUAGGAAUGGCAUGCAAGCCUGAGGUCAACGGAAACUUUGGCACCUCACGUCAGCCCACAACAACCAUGAGUUUAUUCCCUUGUGAAGCUUCCAACAUGGAUUCCAUGGCGGCUGCUCAUCAAGAUGUUAAGCCCAAGAAUUUGUUUCCUCGGCAGUCAAGCUUUUCUUCCUCGUCUUCCUCUCUCCCCAAGGAAGAUGCCCUCAAAAUUACACAGACGACUACUACUACUACUACUACUGCUAGAUCUGUGAAACCAGAGCCUCAAACUGCACCGUUGACUAUAUUCUACGGCGGGCAAGUGAUUGUGUUCAAUGACUUUUCUGCUGAGAAAGCGAGACAAGUGAUGAACCUGGCGAGCAAAGGAACCGCUCAUAGCUUCACUGGUUUCACAUCUAAUGUCAACAACAACAACAUCCACCAAAGUGUUUACACUCCUCACUUAGCCAAGAAUCAAUCCGAGAUCACAAGCAACAUCGUUUCUCAUCUCAAGAAAACCGCAACACAAGACCCAAUCCAUUCCUCCUCAACUCCAAUGGCAUGCGAACUUCCAAUUGCUAGAAGAGCUUCACUCCAUCGGUUCCUGGCGAAGAGAAAGGAUAGAGUUACGUCAAAGGCGCCAUACCAAUUAUGCGAUCCAGCUAAAGCGUCUUCAAAGCCUCAAAGCAGAGACAACAACAAUACCUCUUGGCUCGGUUUAGCAGCUGAAACAUGAAGGAUAUUAUCAGCUAAACCACCACAAACCGUACCGGGCUAUUCUUUUGACGUUGCAUCAAUCAAUAAACAAGUUAAUAUAAAAGCUCCUGCGUUCAUGGUUCUUAAUUAUAUAUGAUUCUACAACUAUUCAAUUAUUUAGGGAAACUUGAUAUAUUUGUAUGUAUUUGAUUAAUGAUUAGCAAUCAAUUCUUGUUAGUGUCUGUGUGAAGUUUGUUCUUUUUUCCUAGGUAUUGUCUGUCUAAAUCCCCUGUCUCUGGGUUAUCUCAGAAAUUAGUUUCGUAUGUUACUGAUUUUGUAAGAA